UCAAUCAAAUCGGAAUAUAUGAAAUUCUCGUGCUCUCUAAUCUGCGAAAUCACGUGCAAAUGAUCCUGUUGUGCAUCAUUAGAGAAAACGAAGGAGAUUGAUAAAGGAAACUGAGAAAUUCAAAAUAAUUUGCGAAAAUUCCCACCUAAAACGAGGCCAAAAUAUUUUCACAAACAAAGAGAGAGGCCAUUUCGGUAAACUAACACAGCUUUUCCCUCCUAAAAAUCACAACUGUUAAAUCCCUAAAAAAUCUAGCGAAGACUGGCUUAGAAAGAUUGUGUAUCCCAUAUUCGAAAAGAAAGCACGAAAGAGACGCAUUCCCAUCUCUCUAUCUCCAUCGUUAUGUGGCCAUGACUUCACUGCAAUGACACAAACCCGUUAUUCCCGGACUCGGAGCCCCGAAAUCGAAAAGGAAAAAGCCGGAGGAGGUGGUGGAACUGCCAUGAGAGUGAUAAUUCCUCUACAAGGUAUUGUUCAAGGACGAGGGGGCUUAGUUUUAGGCUCCGUAAUCCCUUGCGCGCUCUUUUACUUUCUCCAAUUCUAUUUGAAGCGACACCGUAAAGACACGGAUGACCAGAACGAUUCGAAUUCCUCGGGUCAAAACCCAAACCCCCGUUCAUCGUCGUACGGGAAGUUAUCGGAGCUUCCUGGGUUGACACGUAACUUGUCUCGGGGUUUGAUCUCGCCGCGAAGUCUGCGUGGACCCGUCUCUGUUUCGGGUCGGGUUAGAGGGAUUGUAAAGGGAGCGGAUUCUCCGUAUUACGUGGGACUGAGGCGGGCUAAGGAGGAUCCAUAUGAUGAACUGAGUAAUCCAAAUGGGGUCAUCCAGCUGGGUUUAGCAGAAAACAAGUUGUCUUUGGAUUUGGUUAAGCACUGGCUAGCAGACAAUGCGGAGCAAGCCAUAUUGAGAAACGGGAAAGAGCUGAGCAUUAGCAGGAUUGCCACUUAUCAGCCUUUAGAUGGAUUGAUGGAGUUCAAAGUGGCUGUAGCAGGAUUCAUCUCUCAAGUCAUGGAGAAAGCUGUUUCUUUCAACCCUUCACAGGUAGUGCCGACGGCUGGUGCGACCCCUGCUAUUGAGAUUCUUAGUUUCUGCUUAGCAGAUGCUGGAAAUGCAUUUCUUGUUCCAACACCAUAUUACCCCGGUUUUGAUAGGGACAUAAAAUGGCGAACUGGGGUCGAAAUAAUACAUGUUCCUUGCCGAAGUGCGGACAACUUCAAUUUAAGUAUAGCUGCCCUCGAUCGAGCAUUUGACCAGGCAAAGAAACGUGGACUUAAAGUGCGUGGGAUAGUAAUAUCAAACCCCUCAAACCCUGUUGGCAAUCUUAUAAAUCGAGAAACAUUUUACAGCCUUCUAGACUUUGCCAGAGAGAAAAACAUCCGUAUUAUCUCUAAUGAACUAUUGGUUGGUUCUACUCAUGGAAAUGAAGAAUUUGUGAGCAUGGCAGAACUCCUUGACCCGGAUGAUUUUGACCGGAAAAGAGUUCAUAUAGUGUACGGGUUGUCAAAAGACCUUUCUCUUCCAGGUUUUCGGGUCGGUGUUAUCUACUCAUAUAGUGAGGGAAAGUCUUACAAUCCACUCUUAGUCUUUUAGGUGACUUUAAGAUGUCUUUUUAGGAUUUAACUGUUUGGAGAUUCAGAUUGGUUAAGUAAUAUUGCAGAUACUUAAAGCUAUAAGGACUGUUUGCUUAUGGCUGUGGUUAACGGUUUAUGAUGUUAGUUAGCAAAGGUGGCACCAAAAUUUUGGUAGAGUAUAAUGUUUGUGUUAUGAGAAUCCAGUAAGAGUGAGGCCGUGAACACCAAAUAUAUGAAUUUUACUAUUUGAGGUCUGAGUAUAUUGGUGGCAGGCACUGGACAAGCCGAGUUUGUUUCUUAUAUAACUCAAAGAGGACUUUUUGUUAGGUGUUAUAUCUUCAAUAGAAGAGGGGGGGAAAAAACAAUAAAGCAAACAUGCAAUGAGGCCUUGUAAUUUCCAGUUCAAUUCAACUCUUAAAAUUAGUGCUUUCUCACCACCAUUUGUAUAUCACUUACUUGGAUUACUUGCCCGUGAUCAUAAAGUGACCACUUUUCAUUUGGAGAAAGAGAAGGAAUGCAAAAGAGAGCGGAGGAAUAUAUUACCAAUUAGUGACAAGUCUUGAGCACGUGUUUUCCAGGGGUAUUUAGAAUUUUCAGGUGAUAUAAUAUGCUGAAAGAAUACCUUAACCAGCACAAGUAAAAUUUUAA